AUGAGCCAAUCUCUUGAUGGUCACCCCAAUCAGGGUUCUUCUUCAAGCUCUGUCAAAUCCAUGGGCUCAAGACCUCCUGUAGUCGCCAACAGUCUCUCAGCUCCUAAUAGUACAUCCUAUCCGGGGACUGAGACUCCAAUUAUAAAUUCCCAAAACAGGGGCUAUGAAGAAUCCCAGGACGGCCUUCCUGCUUCUCUCUCGCAGGAGGGUGUAUCCGAUCGUGGCGGUCAAUCCGAUCUCACCCUGGGUGAUCUUGCUCGACAAACGAAACUCCUCGCGUCCCAUUACGACAAGCUUUCGGGCCAUGUCGCGAUAUUCGGCAGAAGGCUUCACGACUUGCACGAUGCGAUUAACUUAGUCAUGGAGAGACAAAGCCCGGAAGACCACAACAACCCCAGGUCGUUCGCCACAGACCCCGCGAAAUGGGCCCAUGAUGCUGAUUUCUAUGGCAUUUAUCUAUGGUUUCUGAGGUCUGAGAGAGACCACGGGAGGCGAAUCGAACCUGGCGACAGCCCUCUAGCCGAGGCAUACAGAUUUCGGUACACCUUUGAUUCCUUGUACCAUGACUCCAAUCCCGUGCGUCCUCAAACACUGUAUGUAAUACGCUCAGAUUUUCACGACCUCAAUAACAACGAUCUGAAAAAGAUGUAUGCCGGGCUUGUCAAUCGAUGGAAUCUUAAGCAGUUCAGGGGUGGAAGAGUUCCUGAUGCCUCCUCCACUGGUAACGGAAACCGGGCUGCGAGUGAAGCAGACAGUAAUGCCACGUCGGCACAGGAUUCUGCACACUACCAGUCGACUCCAGAUCACAAUUAAGCUCAAUGUUAGUGCACAUCCUUCGCGGGAACCUGGCUCGUGUUUUAGUAAGGCCCGCAUUACUAUCAUAGGAGUAUUAGCUGUAUCUAAUUGAUAAGAAUGUAUACUGUUAAAGCCAUCAAUUCAGAAAGUCAAUGUCAGCCAAAAGCGUCUUGAACUCAGCGAUGGUCUAUUAAUUUGCAAGAUGCCGGGCAAAGAUCUCCAGGGUAACCUAAACGACAAUGAAGUAAAGUCGAAUUGACCAACCACGGACUUACAAUAUAGGCAGAAUCCGUCGAGCGACAAACCCUUAAAGAGUCUCGACCUCAUUAGUCCUGAAUAAGCGGCUGAUUGUCGUAUAGCCGAUCUCCCGAUGUUAACCUUGGUAGACCUAGACAAGCUGAGCUUGGUGAGCUUGGUUGUUAGUGUACUGUAGCUGUUGUCUUAGGUAGUCGUGACGUAACAUUCGC